AUGAUACACAGAAGUUUGCGUUCCAGCUAUUUUAGUAUCCAUGUUACUAAACCCCAACGAGUACUCUUGAUGGGUUACCGACAAUGUGCCUCAAGUGCUGCGGCUCCGUUGAUCAAUGCAAAAGGUGCUGGCGUGUCUCCCCAGAAAGACGAGGUGCGCUCGACGUGUCAGGAGUUGCGCCGCGUAAUGGCCAGCCUUCUUGAAGACCGCCAAUGUCUAUAUCGUGAUGCGGUCCUCAGUGCAGCUUUGGACCCGUACCGAUCCAAGCUUCAGAGUCUUCUUGAGGGUAAUGACUCUUUCGGAGGUUCGACUGAAACCCCCAAGUCGCUAACGCUAGGCAAACUUUUGGAGUGCCGAGAUGGAUGGGCGGCUCAAGUGGGUGGAGAUGCGAUUUCGCUCGUUGACUUCUACAAUGCCUUUCUCCUUAGUGCUUUAGUGAAUUCCCAUGCAGAUGUGCAACUGGUACUUGAUUGCAUGCAGCAGCAUGAUCAUAUGGAUCCGACAGCGGAAACCUAUGUGACCAUCAUGCAUUCUUUUACUGCCCAACGGAAGGGACCCAACCCUGUAGCAGGCGACACAGCCUUUCAUUAUUUUGGACAUGCACUCAAAACGCGAGGGGAGGGCUUUAUCACGCCAGAACUUUGGAGCGCCGUAUUUGUUGUGUGUGCCGUUACGGGGGCAGCUGGGAAGCUCCUUGAUCAAUGGUGGGAACUUCUGCUCAAGACAUGCAAAGAAGGUUCAUCGCCACUACCUUACGGCGCAGUCCAUGCAGCACUCACAUGGUGCUCAUCCAAAGGGGAUGUCGAAAGGGUGAUGCGUUACUUUAACACGGCAAACAGCAAUUCGAUGGUUGCGUUUGACCAAAACGAUGUACCGCACGUGAUUGGAAGCGGGAGCUUAACAACCAGAAGCAGCGACCAGGUUGUCCAGCAGUGCCAACUGCGGCUGUUGGUAAAGUUGAUGGUGACAGCAAAGGCAAUUGAACUUGAUGGCGGUCUUCGUGCACUUGUGGUCAAAGACGUCCGACGCCUUAUUGACCCAGAAGUACUUCGUGCGGCCCCGUGGGGAAUCAUCAACGACCUCCUUAGUGGACUUUCCUUGCAAAGUGCUAUGCAGCUGUUGAAAUUCCGCUCAGCAGCAGCACUGGAGAAGGAUGGUGCAGUGCCCUUCACUCUUUGGGCCUCGCUUCUCCGACGCUGCGCGAGGGAUCAUCACAUUGAUCAGGCGGAGUCACUGUUUCUUUUCAUCCGCAAGCGCUUCGAGCUGUCGGGUGAGCAAAAGGCUGAGCUUGUGGAGAUCAUGAUUCGAAUGUUCGCUACGCUGCCACAAGGGGACUUCGCAUCCGCCACUUCCCUUUUUAUCGAACACGUUAUUCGCCACCCACCAGGGGAGCCCAGAGUGGAACCUAAUGCCACUUUUUAUAACUUAUUGAUACGUGCUGCCGACACGCGCAAUGCUGCCAUGAUGACCUUUUUGGAGGCGUGUGCGGCGGGCAUUGACAUGAACAUUGAAACUUUCGAGGCGCUUUGCCGCUCGAAUCGCUUCGGGACCAUAUCGUCGCUUAGUAAAAAGCUGCCACACGGUUACCAAGCUUCCAAACUCGAUCAGCAAAUUCGCAUCCCCGCCGACGCUGACGCUCACCUUCGCCGUGAGGAAGCGAUGAGGCUGCGAGGGAAGCCGCUAGUGGACUCCACCGGUGAAGUGGACUGA